AUGAAGGGCAUUCUAGUGGCUUCAGCCCUUUUGGCAUCAUGCGUCUCCGGACAUAUGCAGAUGUCGAAGCCGUAUCCCAUUCGGAGCCCGCUGAACCCGGACGCGGAUCAAAAGGAUUACUCCUACACCAACCCCCUGAAAACGGAUGGAUCUGAUUACCCGUGCAAGGGAUAUGCCAAUGAUCCCUUUGAAUCUGUUGCUGACUAUACGCCCGGCCAAACAUACGAGCUUGAACUGCAGGGCAGCGCGACCCACGGCGGAGGGUCCUGCCAGAUUGCUCUCUCUUAUGACAAGGGCAAGACCUUCAACGUCAUCCAUUCAAUCCUCGGAGGAUGCCCCCUCACCUCCAAGUAUAACUUCCAAAUUCCCUCGGACGCCCCGUCUGGCGAGGCCCUCCUGGCCUGGUCAUGGUUUAACAAGAUCGGAAACCGCGAAAUGUACAUGAACUGUGCUAUGGUCACCGUCAAGGGUGGUUCUCAGGCCCGUCAGCACGCCCGCGACCUGUCUCCUGCCUUCUCCCGCCGGGCUGGCGGCUUUGACAGCCUUCCGCCCUUGUUCGAGGCCAACGUCGACGGACCCGGCAACUGCAAGACAGUGGAGGGCCAGGAAGUCAACUUUCCUCUCCCCGGACCUUCCGUCGAGGGCUCCUUGAGUGGAAAGGGAUACCAGUGCGAGGCCUCUGCCCCUUUCCUGGGCAGCGGUGACUCGAGCAACAACAGUCCCAAGGCUCCCUCGUCCGGUCAAGCCGUUGCCUCGACUGCUACACCUUCAAGUGCCCAAUCUCCAGCCACAUCUUCAACUUCCCAGUCUACGGCCACAUCUUCAACUGCCCAAUCUCCGGCCACAUCUUCAACUGCCCAAUCUCCAGCCACAUCUUCAAGUUCCCAAUCUACGGCGACAUCUUCAACUUCCCACUCUGUGGCCAAACCGUCAAGUUCGCAAUCUUCAGCCACAUCUUCAACUUCCCUCUCUGUGGCCGAACCGUCAAGUUCACAAUCUCCAGCCACAUCUUCAACUUCCCAACCUCCAGCCACAUCUUCAACUUCCCACUUUGUGGCCAAACCGUCAAGUUCGCAAUCUCCGGCGACUGCUUCAAGUUCCCACUCUGUGGCCACACCCUCGGCGAGACCCGCUCGACUCCACGCCCCCCUUCGUGAAAGACCCAAGCCUUCACAGUCCUCCAGUCCUCAGUCCGUGUACAACUCUCAGCCCAAGUCUCACUCCACCCCGGAGUCUGGGUACAUGCCUCAGAGUCAAUCUAGCCCAGAGCUUGGGUACAACCCGCAGCCUGCAUCCCAAUCUAACCCACUGUCUGGAUAUACGCCUCAGUCUGCGUCCCAGUCCACUGGGAAUUCUGGGUAUAAGCCUGAGAGUCAAUCUUCUCCGGAGUUUGGAUACAACCCUCAGUCUGCAUCCCAAGACAUCCCACAGUCAGGGUACCAGCCUGAGAUUCAGCCAAACCCAGAGUUUGAGUACAAUCCUCAGUCCACAUCCCAAGCCACCCCGCAGUCUGGCUACAGCCCUCAGUCACUGUCUCAAGCCGGCCCGCAGUCAGGGUAUCAGCCUCAGUCCUCAUCUCAUGCCACUCCCCAGACUGGGUAUCAGCCUGAGAGUCAAUCUAACCCACAGUUUGGCUACAGCCCUCAGUCACCAUCUCAAGGCAGCCCGCAGUCUGGGUAUAUGCCUCAGUCUGCAUCCCAGUCCAGCCCAGAGUUUGGGUACAGCCCUCAAUCAUCAUCAUCCCAAGCUGCCCCACAGACUGGGUAUCAGCCUGAGAGUCAGUUUAACCAAGACUCUGGGUACAACCCUCAGUCUGCAUCUCAAGCGCCCCCAGAGUCUGGGUACAUGCCUCAGUCCUCUCAAUUCGGUCCGGAAUCUGGGUUCAAGCCUCCCUCUUCUCAGUCUGCUCAAUCCGCCCCGCAGUCUGGGUACAAGCCUCAGCCGAGUCAGUCAGCAUCUCAAGCCGCCACAAACUCUGGAUAUAAGCCUCAGUCUGCUCAAUCCGCCCCGCAGUCUGAGUACCAGCCUCAGCCUUCUCAGUAUGCUCAGUCCGCUGCUGAUUCUGGGUACAAGCCUCAGUCUGCUCAGUCUUCUCAGUCUGCUCAAUCCGCCCCGCAGACUGAGUACCAGUCUCAGCCUUCUCAGUAUGCCCAAUCCACCGCGCAGUCUGGAUACAAGCCUCAGUCAUCCCAGUCUGCUGAAUCCGCCCCAGGCUCUGGGUACAAGCCUGAGUCUGCUCAGUCCGGUGCUGAUUCUGGGUAUAAGCCUGAGUCUGUUCAAUCCGCCUCACAGUCUGAGUAUAAGCCUCAGUCUGCUCAGUCCGCUGCUGAUUCUGGAUAUAAGCCUCAGUCUUCUCAGUCUUCUCAAGCGGCCGCUGAGUCUGGGUACAAGCCUCAGUCUGCUCAGUCUGCUCAAUCCGCCCCACAGUCUGGGUAUAAGCCUGAGUCUGCUCAGUCCGCUGCUGAUUCUGGGUAUAAUCCUCAGUCUUCUCAAGCGGCCGCUGAGUCUGGGUACAAGCCCAAGCCCCAGGACAACCCCGAAGCUGAGCAUGCCCCUCAGCCCAAGCCUUCCUUCGAGCCUGCGCCCGCGCAAGGAUUCCCGGAGACUUGCGUACACGGCCAGAUCCUGUGCGGGCCCGACGGUCAGACAUGGGCCAAGUGCGACUGGGGCAGACCUGUUCAGAUGGGACCUGUUGCCGCCGGCACGCGCUGCAGACACGGUGUUAUCGAGCGUAUGUAG